AUGGCCGUCGUGUCGGCCUACACCAUCAUCCGCGCGCUGGCGCUCUUCCACGUCACGCUCGCCGUGUUCGUGCUGCGCAACCCGCGCAUGGUUGCCGAGCAGAACAUUGUCUUCCUGCUGGGCGAGGCCAUGCAGCUGCCCACGCCCCGCGACUUCCUCCGGCCCUCGGCCGCCACGGGCUUCAUCGCAGUCCUGCUGGCCUUGCUCGGCAUCAGCGACCUCACCGCGCUCUCCAUGUCCGACGAGGCCGUCGAGGCACACUGGGGCACGCAGACGCCCGUCCGCCUCGCCUUCCUGUUUGGCCUGACGGGUUAUGCGUAUGCCUUCAAGCCGGGCGGCGUCCUUGGGAGCACCGCGCGCGGUGCCGGCGACCACCUGAACAACAGCGUCGUCUUCGCCUUUGGCUUCAUCGAGCUGACCGUGUGGUUCUGGGUCUUCAUCACGCUGCGCGACGAGCGCCGACAGCGAGCGAUCCGUCUGAUGGAGAAGAGGAGGGCCGAGCAGGAUAUGUUGUAG